AUGAUAAAGAGUGUUCCGUGUAGUGGAGAUCACACUGUGUGGAUUGUGUUGUUUGAGCACUCCUCAGUUCUGAGAGACAUUUCUGCAAUUCCUAGAUCUGGGAUUCCAUAUUCCUCUUCUUUUGAGGUUCCGCUCCAUCUUCUCGAGAUGAAAAGAAAAGAACCUACUCAUUCAGAAGAUCUAAAUAUCGGAGCGCCUUGCUCAUCAACCUCUCCACAUGUAGGUGAUUAUGAAGAUGGAACCAACAAGGCAAAAGGAAAUGAUUAUGAAGUGUUCUUGAGUUUUAGAGGAAAAGAAACUCGUCAAGGCUUCACCGAUUAUCUCUAUACUAGCCUUGUCGAUGCGAGAAUUCACGUAUUCAGAGAUGACAACGAGCUCCGUGUUGGUGAGGAGAUUGGUCCAAAGCUUAUCUGCUGUAUUACGCAAUCUAUCAUCUCGAUCCCCAUUAUCUCGGAGGACUACGCUUCCAGCAAAUGGUGUCUCCAUGAGUUGGCUCAAAUGCUGAAGUGUAGGAGAAGUAGAGAACAAGUAGUGUUGCCCAUAUUUUACAAAGUGGAACCCUCACAAGUGAGACAUCUUACAGGGAGAUUCAGGGAUGCUAUCGAUGCACAUAAAAAGAAUUCGGAUCAAAUGGUUGUGAAGAAAUGGGAAGAUGCGCUCAAAGAAGUCGGUUGCUUAAAAGGAUGGGAAUCGGAGAAAAUUGAUAAUGGGUACAUUUUUCUCCACCAAAACAUUGUUUAG